CGCGAGCUGAAUCCCCCUGUCGCCCGCAGUGAGGAGACUCUCAUCCAGGGAGCGGACUAAUGGCGGCCGGCGGAGCCGUGCGCUCACUCUGAGCCCGGAGCACACACCGCGUCCAGCGCCGCGGGCGAACCCGCAGCAGCCUGUAGCGGGGCGAGCGCUGCUUACCGAGGGCGAAGGGGGCGGGGGAUCGGCGAGAGAGAGAGAGGGAGCGAGCGCGACUGUGGUCGUGCGGCGACUUGGAGCGGGACAUUGCUAUUUUUAAAGAAAAUGGAUGAACACCCCGGCGGAGGAGGAGGAGCAGCAGCAGGGGGAGGAAUGGCCACCGCCAGACAGCAGCAAGCGCCGCAGCAGGGAAACCAUAACGCCGUUAAUCCCCAGAUCGGACCCGGGGGGACGGCGCCAGCGGUCCAGCAGCAAGACGAGAUGCCGCGGCCGCAGCAGUACACGAUCCCGGGGAUCCUGCACUACAUCCAGCACGAGUGGGCCCGGUUCGAGAUGGAGCGGGCGCACUGGGAAGUGGAGCGGGCCGAGCUGCAGGCUCGGAUAGCAUUCCUCCAAGGAGAGAGAAAGGGUCAAGAAAAUUUAAAAAACGACCUCGUUAGAAGAAUAAAAAUGUUAGAAUAUGCAUUAAAACAAGAAAGAGCAAAAUACCAUAAAUUAAAAUAUGGCACAGAACUAAAUCAAGGUGAAGUGAAAAUGCCCAGCUUUGAAUCAGAAGAUACCAAAGAAACAGAGGUGCCCGCUGUACCACAGAACAGUCAACUAACCUGGAAACAAGGACGGCAACUCCUAAGACAAUAUCUUCAAGAAGUAGGUUACACAGACACAAUAUUGGACGUUCGGUCGCAACGAGUGCGAUCCUUACUAGGGCUGUCUAGCUCAGAGCAGAACGGCUCAGUGGAAACCAAGAACCUGGAGCAGAUCCUUAAUGGAGGAGAGUCUCCUGCCAAAAGGAAGGGACAAGAUAUGAAAAGGAAUCCAGGAGACGUCCUGGAGACAUUUAAUUUCUUAGAAAAUGCUGAUGAUAGUGAUGAAGAGGAGGAGGAUGAAGAGGGGGACUUGAUGGAAGACCUUUCAAACAGGACUGAUAAACAAAGAAUAAAGAAACAUAAAAUUAAGGUGGGAAAUGAAGGUUUGGCAUCAGAUCUCCCAGAUGAUCCAGACACAGAAGAAGUGCUGAAGGAGUUUGAUUUCCUGGUGAAUGCAGAAGACGGUGAGGGUGCAGGAGAGGCUCGGAGUUCAGGAGACGGCACAGAGUGGGCUGAGCCACUGCCAUUUCCAUCCGGAGGGGGAAAGUCCUUUAUCAUGGGCUCGGAUGAUGUGCUGGACAGUGUGCUGGGCCUGGGAGACCUCGCUGACCUGACUGUGUCAAACGAUGAGGCUGAUUACAGCUACGAUCUGCCGGCCAAUAAGGACGCGUUCAGGAAGACAUGGAAUGCGAAGUAUACCCUGCGCAGCCACUUUGAUGGAGUGCGUGCCUUGGCCUUCCAUCCUGUAGAGCCAGUGCUGGUCACGGUCUCGGAGGACCACACCCUGAAGUUGUGGAACCUGCAGAAGACAGUUCCUGCCAAAAAAAGUGCCUCAUUUGAUGUGGAGCCCAUCUACACUUUCAGAGCACACGUUGGGCCCGUGCUUUCACUGGCUGUCACUGCAAGUGGAGAGCAGUGUUUUAGCGGCGGCAUUGACUCAACAAUACAGUGGUGGAACAUCCCCAGCUCUAAUGUAGACCCUUAUGACACUUACGAUCCCAGUGUUUUGGCUGGCUCGUUACUGGGGCACACUGAUGCAGUUUGGGGACUGGCCUACAGUGGAAUCAAAAACCGACUGUUGUCCUGCUCUGCUGAUGGAACGGUCAAGUUGUGGGACCCUCAGGAGAAAAUGCCCUGCCUGUGCACAUUUAAUUCUGAGAGAGAACAUGGUAUUCCCACAGCAGUAGAUUUUAAUGGUUGUGAUCCAGCGUACAUGGUGGCCUCUUUCAACACAGGGUCUGCCGUGAUCUACGAUCUGGAGACCUCUCAAUCUGUAGUGGAGUUCUCGGCACAGAAAGACAGCAGUCUUCCAGCUGGGAAUCACAUUAAUAAAGUAGUUAGUCAUCCAACCCUGCCGGUCACAAUCACAGCUCAUGAGGACAGACACAUCAAAUUCUUUGACAAUAAAUCAGGUAAAGUUAUCCAUGCAAUGGUAGCUCAUUUGGAUGCUGUUACCAGUCUGGCGGUGGAUCCCAAUGGCAUCUACCUGAUGUCAGGAAGUCACGAUUGUUCCAUUCGGCUGUGGAAUCUGGACAGUAAGACGUGCGUACAGGAAGUCACGGCUCACAGAAAGAAGUCGGAUGAGUCCAUAUAUGACGUUGCCUUCCACCCGUCUAAGGCGUACAUAGGGAGCGCCGGGGCGGACGCCCUGGCCAAAGUGUUUGUAUAGAACUCCCCUCCUCGUGAACGCUGGAGAGAACUCGCCCUCACAAUCAGACAGUAAGAGAGAGAUGCGACUGGUUCACUGCCUUGUCUAACAAGAGUAGCAUUUCUUACACUACAUUGACGCGGCCUCCGCCAGCCCCCUCGCCACCGAACGCACACGAGGCCGCCCCAGGUGCCAAGCGCUAGAGUGCUAGACUGGCAAAGCGACGCCCGAGUGGAGUGCCCGCUUAGUUUUAAUCCUCUCUUUUUCAUCCAAACUUAAAAAAAAAAAAAAAAACGGAACAAAAAUGUUUAACUGUACUUUACUGUAAGUCAGAGCUGGAGUUACACUAGUGUUUGUCUUCUUUUGAAUGGGUUUGAAAUACGAGCUGAUGGCGUGUGAUAAGGUUCUGUAGGUGUGUUAAACCACAGAGUGGUUAUAACAUGCUUGUGAACACCCCACCGGCGACCACGACAGGUGGACGAGCUGCACCAGAGGAGGAACCUAUAACCCCCUGCACGGCACAGAGCCACGAGCUGACUUUGGUCUCACAAGUUGCCCUCUUUGACGUUAAUGUAGCGUUAUUUAAAAAGGAAAAACAGACUUAAAAAAAAAAAAAAAACAGUUCAGUUCAAUCAACUUCAUACUUUAGCAUUAGAUUCUUGGCAUUUUGUGUAAAAAAAAAAACAAACAAACAAAAAAAAACAAAGUAUAGUUUUUAUAAUCCUUUUUAUAUAAAUCGAGACUGUUGUAACAGCGCUGAAGUCAUUUUUAAAUAUAUAAAAAAGGAAAAAAGGGAGUGUGAAGAUCAAGCCCUCCACAUGGAUCGACUCAUCACCUGCCCGACUCAUCACAGCUGACUCGCUGCAUCACUGGAAGCCCUGGAUGAGCUCCGCCCUUAGGAAUGCUACUGUCUGACGUCGCUGUAACGUUGUUUUAUCGCAUCAUACUAAACGAUAGUAGAAGCACAGUCUGUUUGGCCUUGAGAGCUCUUUAUAGGUUAUCAACGAAUAAACUGCAGCAUCCUAUCACUAUGUGAUGUUUCUGUACAUCUUACUGUAACUGAGUUUAUUUAUCACAGGUUAGGCAACUGAACACUAUUGGCUUAUUUAUUUCACUGUUUCGGGGUAGUCUUAGCCUCUCGUGUGAAACGUGCACCCCAAGGAUUAUCGUAAGAUUGUGCUCGUAAGUGAACGGAACAGCGGUUUAGAACUUGCACAAACAGAAAUGUUUUAAAAGUUUUUCUUUUAAAAGAUCUACUCUCAUCCCAGCCUGAAACUGAGGUUAAAAUUUACCAAAAGUUUUGGCAGAAUAGUGCUUAGAGAAGCACUCCCCCCCCCCCCCCCACCACCCAACCCCUUUCCUUUAUUCCAUUUUUAUAAGUUAAGGGAUCUCUGGAUGUGGAUAGAUAGUUUGAUGAAUCACAGAAUCAAUCUGAGAAGAUUCUGUCCCCACAUUAUCCUGUAAAACCAUUUUAUUUUCAAGCGUACAAUUUAUGGUGUAACUAAAGACCUUUUGUUUGUGUAAUGCAUGAUUAAUACAUCAAAGUAUUUUUUCUAGUCUUCCCAUAAAAGGAAAAAAAAAAACCUUCUGAUCAGUUUGGAAUUUUGAUGAGUUUUGUAAGUUUUUUUUUUUUUUUUUUUUUUUUUUU